CUCUUUCGGAGUACCUUCAACUAAUCACAUCGCUCUGUCGACUGAUGAUAUUUACGUCAUUGGACUAAAACCAGCAUUAUUAUCUAUAUAUGAACGCAUUCAAUGUAUAAUUAUGCAUAAGAAGACAACAUAAAUUAUUGCACUUCCUCUAUCCGGGAAAAAAUGUCGCCGGCUGCCGGAGUAAAAGCGCCACUGCUUCCAGGGAGCAGCAAAUCGGCACCAGCAAAGCCUCCAUCGGUAUCUGGCGCGGUGUUUAAUGUGUCCACAAGCAUCAUCGGUGCUGGAAUAAUGUCAAUCCCUGCAACACUCAAGGUGUUAGGUGUAGUUCCAGCAUUUGUGAUGAUUGUGGUUAUAGCUUGGUUAGCGGAUAUAUCAGUUGAAUUUUUGAUGAGAUACACACAUGCUGGGGACACAACUACGUAUGCUGGUGUUAUGGGGGAAUCGUUUGGGAGGGUUGGAUCCAUCCUUGUCCAAAUAUGUGUGAUGAUCACUAAUCUUGGCUGCCUCAUCAUUUUUUUGAUUAUUAUAGGUGAUGUUCUGUCAGGAAAUCAACUUGAAGGAUCAGUUCAUUUGGGUGUUUUGCAACAAUGGUUUGGCAUUCACUGGUGGAACACGCGGGCUUUCGCCCUCCUCUUCACCCUCAUCUUCGUUCUGCUUCCAUUGGUUGUGUUCAAGCGUGUAGAAUCAUUGAGGUACAGUUCUGCAAUAUCAGUUUUUCUAGCUGUGGUAUUUGUUGGUAUAAGUUCAGUUAUGGCAAUUAUGGCACUCUUGGAAGGGAAAACGAAUAGUCCGAGAAUGGUACCCGAAUUGGACAACAAAGCUGCCUUCUUUGAUCUCUUCACUGCUGUCCCUGUAAUUGUCACAGCUUUCACAUUUCAUUUCAAUGUUCAUCCAAUUGGUUUUGAGAUGGGUAAACCUUCCGAUAUGAUAUCAGCAGUCCGAAUUUCAAUGGUUUUAUGUGCUGCCAUCUACUUCGCUAUCGGACUGUUCGGAUACCUUCUGUUUGGUGAUUCAAUCAUGGCAGAUAUACUCGUAAACUUCGAUCAAAAUUCCGGUUCAACAAUCGGUUCUGUACUCAACGACAUUGUUCGAUUGAGCUAUGCACUUCACCUCAUGCUAGUGUUCCCUCUUUUGAACUUCUCGUUAAGAGCCAACAUGGAUGAAUUUCUUUUUCCAAACAAGACCCUUCUUGCAAAAGAUAACACCAGAUUUUGGUCCCUCACACUUGUUAUUUUAGCCUUUUGUUACUUGGCAGCCAUAGCCAUUCCUAACAUAUGGUACUUCUUUCAAUUCAUGGGAUCGACCUCUGCGGUCAGCCUCGCGUUUAUCUUCCCGGGAGCCAUUGCUCUUAGGGAUGCUUGGGGCAUAUCGACGGCGAGGGAUCGGAUUUUGGCAGCAGUCAUGAUUGUUCUGGCAGUAGUAACAAGCACAAUCGCCAUUUCUUCUAACAUAUAUAGCCUUAUAACAGAAAAUCAGUCAUGAUUUUCGCUUUUUUUUUUUUUUUUUGUAUUAGAGUGCAUUCUUUAUUUUGUUGUCUGUUACAGAUAAAAUAUAGGCAGGGGUAAACGAAAGUAUUCUCAAAACAGUUGAUGAUAAAUGAAUUUGAGAUGUGUAAUGUUGCAAGAAUUGGAUA